AUGCACGGCCACAGCGCGUCUGUUGGAUCGCCUCCAAAGGGUGGAACAAAGAAGAAAGUAGCGGCGUCGGACGGCUCAGCGACACCCCAUGUUCCUAGUCUAGCCGAACAAUUCUCGUACCUGCAUAGUCCAAGACCGUUCAAGAACCCAAACUACACGAAGAACGUCAAUCGUCGAGCGAAGAACUUGAAGGCGGUCUUGGGACAAGAACGAGAACGCGAACGAGCUGAGCGUGAACGCCGUCGACAGGAGCGUGCAGACAGCAACGCCAUGGACGUUGACAGCGCUGAGGAGGAGGUUCCAACUUACGCGACUAUCGAGGCGCCGCCCUCUGUGUGGCCUCAGAAACACUAUUGUGAUAUUACUGGACUAGAGGCCCCCUACACUGACCCGGCAACGGGGUUGCGGUACCAUGAUAGGCACGUCUACGCCAUUAUUCAAAGCUUGAGCCCUAGCAACGUAAAGGAUUAUCUCUCAGCUCGUGGCGUCAAUUCGAUUCUCCUAUCCGUUAUGCCUCCAGUGAGAGAAGGCUCAGGUCCCAGUGCGGACUCUGAUACCCAGCCAGCCGCGCCCUUGGAAUGCGAAGGCGACCUCGCUGUUGACCACGCAUUCGAAGAGCCAUCCCCCGAGUCUCCACCUACUGUCGCAACGGGGGAGACCUUCACACCCAACGAAUUUAUCUUCUUUUCAGCUACCUCUGUCGUGGUCGAGACAGGAAAGGCCGCCACGCCCUAUCUUGACAGCACAUUGAAGACCCUCGGGUUGCAUACGGAAGCGCGAAUCUCGUUCAUCGACCUGCCGUCGGUGUACGAGGCGGCUGCUCCUCUCAGCAUCACGCCCGUCCCUGACGUCGCCCUUCGAGUGCUUCUGCCAUUUUCAAGGCGUUUCUGA